GGGUGAUUAAAAUCUGGAUUGUCAUUCGACAUAUGGGGAAAUAAUUUUGUGAAUAUCCAUCUCUUCAUCACUAGAAGAGCCAGACUUAGAAAAAUUGGGAUUAGAUAUAUAUAGCCCAGGCAAAAAAAAAUUUAACCUGCUCUUGAUAUCAUGAAAAAGGAAGAAGAAUGAAGAAAGCGGCAGUCUUCCUUGCCCUUCUUUGAUCUUUUAGGGUUUGUUAUAUACAAAGUUCUCCGUAAAUAAUGGUAAUUGAUUCUAAGUCAAAUACAUGUAUGUUACACAAGCCAUUUACCAAACCCUACUGCCUAUCGUAAUAUAGUCAAAUAAACUCUCCCGAAAUCGUCAUGAGUCCAAUCGAAUAAGCUCUCGAGUUCAACAAUGCCAAUUACACUAAAAAAUUGACCAUAAAAUUAUGUGAUAGGUGAAUGUGGCUCACUUCAAUCUCCAGGCAUGCAAUGUUGGAUAUGGAUUCACACGGAAAAAUCAGGGAAGCACUAAGCUUAUAAUGUUCUAUGGUCCUAGCUAGACUGGCAGCAAGAAAAAAUCAUUCCCACAUUUUCACUCAAUUUCCUACAACUUGCAUUUGCAUGUGCAUGCAACACAAUCCAAAUUCAUGAAAAGUGAUGAAGACGUCAACUUUCACACAAGCCAUUGUUCUUCCCAUUUCGUUCUUCCACCUCCUCCUCUUCCUUUCUCUUCCAUCUCCAUCUACCGGCGCCGCCGACGACUUAAAGUGCAAUUCAAACGACAAAAAUGCACUUCUACAAAUCAAGCAAGGCCUCAACAACCCCGAUAACUUGGCCGAUUGGGUUCCAACCACCGAUUGUUGUUCUUGGUUCGGCGUCGAAUGCGACACCGGCAAAGUCACUAGUCUCAGGAUUUCUGACCGGGAAGUAUCCGGCCAAAUCUCGCCGGCCAUCGGCAACCUCCAGUAUCUCCGAUUCCUCGACAUAAGCUUCCUCACGAAUCUCACCGGGACAAUUCCUUCCACCAUCACCCGCCUUACUCGCCUCGAAAUACUCGGUCUCUACGGUAACAAGCUCUCCGGCCCGAUUCCUCCAUCUCUCGGCAACUUCAAGAGUCUAAGAUUAUUGGACUUAUCUUACAAUCUCUUCAGCGGUUCCAUUCCAAGUUCCCUUUCUAAACUUCCAAGCAUCCUCGGAAUCGACUUGGGACACAACCGUCUGACCGGACCCAUCCCGGAGUCCUUCGGGCACUUUGUCGGAAAGACACCCGAUCUUUUCCUAUCCAACAAUUUUCUCAGCGGCCCGGUUCCCAAGUCCUUAGGCUAUGUUAACUUCUCCUCGGAGAUCAACUUGUCAUCCAACAACCUGACCGGGGACCCGACGUUUCUGUUCGGGAAAAACAAGACGGUUAUUACAGUUGAGCUGAGCUCGAACUUGUUUGAGUUCGAUCUUUCCAACGUUGCAUUUCCGGACAGCUUGAAAAAUUUGUUACUGGAUCAUAACAAAAUCUUUGGGAGACUUCCUGAAGGGUUGACUCAAUUGAAGUUGCAGUCUUUGGAUGUGAGUUAUAAUAACCUUUGUGGGAAGAUUCCUCAAGGCGGCAUCCUUCAGAGGUUCGCCCCAAUGCAAUAUAGCAACAACAAAUGCUUGUGUGGAGCUCCCCUUCCUGCCUGCUCCACCUAGCUGCUGGGGUUGUAAGCGUGUGUCCGUACAUGUGCUCAAUUAGUCGGAACCAGAAAAAAAAAACGGUAUCAAUGAAUAAAUUACUGUGUGUCGUACGUUGUUUUGAGAAUGUUUAUGGUUUUUUUUCUUUUUUCUUACGUAUAUAAAUUCUUCCACGAUUUUCUGAACCGAACAGGUGGAAGUUCAUGUUGACGACAUUUAAAUAUUAUAAUCAUGAUUCGAAUCUUGGUGUGAUUAUGUAAUGUAUUAGAAGAUUCCGUGAUGAUAGAGUUGAAUCCAGAUAAGAGUACUAGAAGCAUAUUAUUAUGACAAGAAGGUCGGGUCGAUCAUUGCUGACGUUUGAAUAUCA